CUCCACUCUCUCCCCUUCAAUGCUCUCUUACGCCGCGCCGCCGGACUUCAUCACCUCUCAUCUGUCUCUCAAAUUCCACCAUUUUCUUCCCAACCAACUUCUCCUCCAUCGCCUCCAUUCUUGCGUCUCAGAGGUUGCUGCGUUCUCCUCAAAAACCCCUCCUGGAAAACCCAUCCAGGCGGUCUCCAAGGGAGGGCAAUGGGACUCCAUGACCGCCCGCUUCGCCGGAGCUUCUAACAUCCCCUUUCUUCUUAUUCAGAUCCCACAGAUACUCCUCAAUCAGCGAAACCUAGCUUCUAACAACUCCGCUGCUCUCUUCGCUGUUCCCUGGCUUGGGAUGCUUACUUGUCUACUUGGAAAUCUCACAUUGCUCUCCUACUUUGCUAAAAAGAAAGAGAAGGAGGCCAUAUUAGUUCAAACAUUGGGUGUUGUAUCUAUCUACAUUGUGAUUGUGCAGCUAGCCGUCGCCGGAGCGAUGCCUUUACUGCAGUUUACGGCCACGUCGGCUGCUGUUGUUGCUGGGCUUGUGCUGAACUUCAUGAACUAUUAUGGAUGGCUUCUACAAUGGGUUUGGCAGAUUUGGGAGGAUUUUAUCACCAUUGUGGGAAUUUCUGUUCUUCCACAGGUUAUGUGGUCGACAUUUGUCCCGUAUAUUCCAAGUAGCAAUUUGCCUGGGCUUAUUUGUUGUAGCUUGGCUAUUGUGGUCAUCAUUUUGACACGAACUGGUAAACUUUCUAAGAAGGCGGUUAGAUAUGUCAGAUCGAUAUCUGGAUGGACUGCCACUCUACUCUUUAUGUGGAUGCCUGUUGCGCAGAUGUGGACAAACUACAUAAAUCCUGAUAAUAUAAGAGGAUUAGCAGCUUUGACACUUCUGCUCGGCAUGAUUGGGAAUGGUUUGAUGAUUCCUCGAGCUUUGUUCAUUCGUGAUCUCAUGUGGUUUACGGGGGCAACAUGGGCAUCAUUGCUUCAGGGGUGGGGGAAUUUGGCUUGGAUGUACUGUUUGAAGAGCAUUAGCAGCAAAUUUUUCUGGGCUUCAACAGUGAUCAUGCUCACCUGUCUAGGAAUGGCUGCACAGCAAGAUAGAAUAGCUCAUGGAUACAGUUCACCAUUUCAAUCCAUAAAAGAGCUAUUUUUCGGAACAAGAUAAGUUUAAAAAAUUUUAUUACCAUUCGAUUUGAGUUUCAUCUUUACUUAAGGUCCACUGCCUAUUUGUCGAUGGUUUGGGUUGUAAGAUGAGUGCAUUAGCUCGGUUAGAAUGUACUGAAAUGUAAAGUGACUUAGUUUUUUUCAAAAUGAUGUUAUUAUUAAUUUACUAUGACUUCAUGAAAUUUGUGAUAUAUCGAUUCAACGUAAAAGCGUUUCCAUUAUUGAAUUUUGCAGCUUUACACUUA